AUGAUUGAGGGAAAAACCCUCGCCAAUGGCGGCUGCGAGGUCAACAAUGAGGCUGGUAGGGGACACCAACGGAAGCAAAAGGAGGUCAGCAUAAACAUGGUUUUGGUACUACCGGCUGAGUUUUCAGCUCCAAAAGGCCAGACCAACGGCCUGGAUAAUGACAUGGCCGAGGAACAGCUAGAUCAAAGGCCAAAGACAAAGGAAGAAUUGUUGGUCGUGGCUUUUAAUGAGGUGAUACCCAAAGACAAGCCAAACAAAUACCGACAUCUCAAACCGUUAUACAUCUCGGCUCAUGUCAACAUCCUUCGCUAUUCCCUGAUGAAGAAGCUGGAUAAAUCAAAGGAAGAUCUCAUCCCCAGCGAUGUGGUCAUGAGCAGCUUUGUCGGCGAUAAAUCUAAGACUAUCGAGGUAUUGCCGUUGAAAAUCACUGUGGCCGACCAGACGAGAGUCGCGGCCUUCUACGUGGUCGAAUCUAGCAUGAACUAUAAUAUAUUGCUCGGUUGUGACUGGAUCCAUCAGUCUGGAUGCAUACCGUCCUCCCUCUUCCAACUGUUGUUCUUCUGGGACGGCCAGAGGGUGUCCAUACACCCGGCCAACACGAAGCCAUUUGAAACCAACGCCGUGCAAGCACGGAUUUACGACGACGACGUUGGAUAG